AGCCCAAAUGAGCCCUGGCCCAGGUCGAUGUCACUGGCUGGAGCUCAGCCCCGUGUCAAGAGUCAGCCAUGUGCCCAUCCCCUCCACUCAUUUAUUGACAAGAUAACUCUGUUUACUCUGCUCUGGCUGCAGCGCUGCUGCUUUUUGUGAAAAACAAAGGGGUACAUACAGAGCUGUGGGGCUGUAAGCAGAAGGUAGUACAGGAAAAGUACCUGAGAAGGACCUGGGCUAGAAGACAAGCAGAUGCUUCAGGGAGGAGUGAGUGGUGGUGCAACUGAGUGCAGGGAGCCCAGUGUCAGGAGACUGGACAGCGAGAAGUGCAAGACAGAGGGAGUCUCGCAGACUGGGACUGAGAGGCACCGUGCUUUCCUUUCAUCUGCCUGACCACUGUGGUAACCAGACACGCUGUCUACUGCCAUCUUCCCUCCAUCCAGUGAUCUACACCUGCCAGACAGAAUCUACUCCAUCCCUGUGCUGGGGAGCACACCCUAUCAUUUACCUCUCCCUCCAGUGGGACCAAAGAGGGUGGCCAAGGAACACAGCAUUUGCUCAGCAACUCCCUGUCCCCUGAGGAGGACACCAUAAGCUACCUCUGCCAGCCUCCUGGGUUGUUCUUCUCUGCACAGCUGGAGGCUCUCUUACCCUGACUUUUUCUGGACCCCCCCUGCUCAUCCUGCACAUCUUCUGUCCCUGUGAGCCUCCAAACCCUCCAUUUCAGAAAAGAAAAAAGUGGUUGUACGGGGUGCUCUGACCCAUCGUGGGCAGGACGGUGCAGGACAAAGGCCGAGCUGAAGGGACGUGACACCAGGUUAUUGAUCGCUGCGGAGACCUUGAGCUUGGAUGCCCCUGAUGGAGGCCGAGGAACAGGAGGAAGACUCCAGCUCCCUCUCAAAUGACAAAUCGGAGAGUAGCUCACAUCACUGCCUCUGCUAUGUGCCCCUUGGGAUUGCCCUUCUUGUGCUGGCUGGAGCUGCUGCAGCAACCUGGUAUUUCCUAGACUACAGACCAUGGCACCUGGAACCAUCUAUCCUGCAGUUUUACUGUGGCAGCCUCCAGGUCCUCAAUCGCCGGUACUCCCCGGAACUUGGGCAUGUGGAGUCCAGAGCCUUCUGGUUGGAGUCAGCUAAGCUCCAGAACAUGCUGAAGGAACUGAUUCAUGCCACAGAACUGGGUCGAUAUUACAACUCGAGCACAGUGUAUGCCUUUGGGGAGGGGGCUCUGACCUUCUUCUUCUGGUUCACCCUCCAAAUCCCUGAGAGUCAGCAGAAGGAAACAACUGCUGAGAGGGUAAACACAGUGCUCCACCAAGAGCUCUCCACCAGCUUCAACAGCUCAGGCAGCCUGUCCUACCAGACGGAGUACAGGGUCAACCCAGACUCGCUGGUUCUCCUGGAAUCCAGUGUGAAAGACAUAGCAGUGCUGAAAUCCACUCUGGGUUGCUACAGGUACAGCUACGUCCAGGAGGAUGACAUCCUAAGGCUAGAGGGCCCUGAUUACCUGGCCUCCAGUUGUCUUUGGCACCUUCGUGGCCCCAAGGGCUAUAUGAUCAAGCUACACCUGGAGUGGACUCUCCCUGAUUGCAGGGACCGUCUGGCAAUGUACGAUGCAGCUGGGCCCCUGGAGAAACACCUCAUCACCUCGAUCUAUGGCUGCAGCCGGCAGGAGCCCGUUGUGGAAAUCCUUUCGUCUGGCCCUGUCAUGUCCAUUGUGUGGAAAAAAGCCAUGUACAGCUACUUUGACCCCUUCAUCCUCUCAGCACAGGCGGUGCCCCUCAAAGCUUGUGAAGUGAAUAUAACUCUGCGGGAGGGCCUGGAGCUGCAGGGGAAGAUCGGCACCCCACAUUACCCCAGUUACUACUCGCCCAACACGCAGUGCACCUGGCACAUGAUGGUCCCUUCCCUCGACUAUGGAGUCACCCUCUGGUUCGAUGCCUAUGCACUCAGCAGACAGAAGCACGACCUGCCCUGUACCCAAGGCCAGUGGAUAAUUCAGAACAGACGGUUGUGUGGGCUGCGGACCCUACAAGCCUACGCUGAAAGGAUCCCAGUCUCAUCUUCUGCUGACAUCACCAUCACCUUUACCUCGCAGAUCUCCUUAACUGGCCCUGGUGUACAGGCAGCUUACAGCCUGUACAACCAAUCUGACCCCUGUCCUGGGGAGUUUCUGUGUUUGGUGAAUGGCUUGUGCGUCCCAGCCUGUGAUGGGAUCAAAGAUUGCCCCAAUGGGCUGGAUGAGAGAAAUUGUGUGUGUCCUGCAAAGUUCCAGUGCCACGAAGACAGCACUUGCAUCGAGUUCAGCAGGGUCUGCAACCAGCAGCUGGACUGUGUCAAUGGGAGCGAUGAGGAGCAGUGCAGCGAAGGGGUCCCCUGUGGUCCUUUCACCUAUCGCUGUGAAGACGGGACCUGUCUGAAGAAACCCAACCCCCUGUGUGACACCACUGCAGACUGCAAGGACCUGUCUGAUGAGAAGCGCUGUGACUGUGGGAUGCAAGCCCCUCUCAGCAGGAUUGUGGGCGGUCUGAAUUCUGUGGAAGGGGAAUGGCCAUGGCAGGCCAGCCUGCAAGUUCGGGGCCGCCACAUUUGCGGGGGAACGCUCAUUGCUGAUCGCUGGGUGGUCUCAGCUGCACACUGCUUCCAGGAUGAGAGGCUGGCUUCCCCCUCCAUAUGGACCGUUUACUUGGGCAAAUACUUUCAAAAUGCCACCAGCCACACAGAGGUGUCCUUCAAGGUGAUCCGCCUCUUCCUCCACCCUUAUUAUGAGGAGGACAGCCAUGAUUACGACGUGGCCCUGCUCCAGCUGGACCAUCCUGUGAUCAUCUCACCUUUAAUCCAGCCUAUCUGCUUGCCUGCUCCUUCUCACUUCUUUGAGCCUGGCCUUCACUGCUGGAUCACUGGCUGGGGGGCCCUCAAGGAAGGCGGGCACAUCAGCAAUAUUCUACAGAAGGUGGAUGUGCAGCUCAUCCAGCAGAACAUCUGCAGUGAGGCCUAUCACUACAUGAUUACUCCCAGGAUGUUGUGUGCUGGGUACUACAAGGGCAAGAAAGAUGCCUGCCAGGGUGAUUCUGGAGGUCCGCUGGCCUGCAAAGAACCCAGUGGCAGAUGGUUUCUGGCUGGUUUGGUCAGCUGGGGAAUGGGAUGUGCACGUCCAAAUCACUAUGGAGUAUACACCAGGAUCACUCAAGUGCUGGGCUGGAUAAAGCAAACCAUGAGCUGAGAAAAGUGCAUCUCUAUCUUUUCCCCAUCACACCUACACUCACAUGGCACUCAUUUCUGAUCUUGCUCACUUGCCUCUCAGAGAGUGUGGGAUGUAGUCAGACCCAGGAUGCUCUUCCGAAUAGGGCAAGAGAAGGCUGCUGUAGGGAUUGUAGAUAAAAGCAGGCAGACCCUCUUCCCUAUCAGUGCUUCACAGGGAGCAUCCCAAGGGGUUUUUAGGCUAUCCAUCCAAAAGAGGGGGGAAGGGAAGAGGGGGGAGGAGGAAUUGGGGGCAAUGACAUGACACACAGCAAUAGUCCCAAGCUGAUGGUUUCUGAGAAGAGGAAUAAGAGGGUUCAUGAACUUUCCACGAACCAUGUGAUUCAGCCACAGUCUUAUGCUGGAACAUUUGCUGAAAGAAAAUGUGACUGAUGUAGUUAGAGAUUCCAGUAACUGUGAAAUCAAUCUGCCUCCCUCUUCCUUCCUGCUGCUUAUCCUUCAUCCCCCUUCCCCUCCCAUCACUCCUCCUCUUCCAUCUCCCUAAUUGCUUCUUUUCUUAGCUGGCGUGUGCUGUUCAGUGUGCUGUUCAGCUCAGCCAGGCAACUCUUCACGUCUCACUGACUCCCAGGCACGAGUCCAGCAUUGCACCCCCAAGCACGUGUCCUGCCUUCCUGCUGGAGCAGCACCCAGCCUCCACUGCUGUACUUCCCUCACUAAAAACACUGGAGCAGCCUCCCAUUCCCUUCCCUCAGCCCUUCUAAAUACCUUUAACAUAAGGAUGUCUCAACUGCUUCCAUCUCCUAUCUCAGGUAAUGCAGGAAGUGAAGGAGAAGGCUUCAGGGUACAGUGCUUGAACUGCAACUGCUAUGGGUUCGGGUUUUUUACUAAAGAUACACGUAUGUGUGUGUGUGUAUAUGGAUAUAUACACAAUGGACUGCUCUCUGGAAUUAGAAAUAAAAUUAAUCUGAGGA